CGGGUCACCCUGGACCACAUCAUCGAGGACGCCCUGGUGGUCUCGUUCCGGCUGGGAGAGAAGCUUUUUUCCGGGGUCCUCAUGGACCUCUCGAAAAGGUUUGGCCCCCAUGGGAUCCCUGUGACCAUAUUUCCUAAAAGGGAGUACAAGGACAAACCUGAAGCCAUGCAGCUCCAAAGCAAAGCAUUCCAAGAGGAGGCGCAGGUGAAGUGCGAGGCCGAUGCUGCAGUCCCUGAUGACUCCUCCCUCACGCAGCCAUCAGAGCCCAGCAUAGCCAAAAGCCUUUGGACUUCUAAACCACCUCCUCUGUUCCACGAGGGAGCCCCGUACCCUCCUCCUUUGUUUAUCAGGGACACCUAUAACCAGUCAAUACCUCAGCCUCCACCCCGGAAAAUCAAGCGGCCCAAGCGGAAAAUGUACAGGGAGGAACCCACUUCCAUCAUGAACGCCAUCAAACUACGGCCCCGGCAGGUGCUGUGCGACAAGUGCAAAAACAGCGUGGUGGCAGAGAAAAAGGAGAUCAAGAAAGGUGGCAAUGCAAGUGACUCUUCCAAAUAUGAGGAUAGUAAAAAGAGAAGAAACGAGAGCGUGACUACUGUGAAUAAAAAACUUAAGACUGACCAUAAGGUGGAUGGAAAAAGCCAAAACGAAAGCCAGAAAAGGAACGCUGUGGUCAAGGUUUCAAAUAUUGCCCACAGCAGAAGCAGAGUAGUUAAAGUUUCCGCACAAGCAAAUACUUCAAAAGCGCAGUUAAACACAAAAAAAGUUCUCCAGAGCAAAAACAUGGAUCAUGCAAAAGCUCGGGAAGUUUUGAAAAUGGCCAAAGAAAAGGCACAAAAGAAGCAGAGUGCAACCUCCUCUUCCAAAAAUGCACAUUCGAAGGUCCACUUCACGCGGCGUCUCCAGAACACCAGCUCAGGGUCCCUCCCGCCCCGAUUGCGCCUCAAGCCCCAGCGGUACCGCAACGAGGAGAAUGACUCUUCCCUCAAGACAGGACUUGAGAAAAUUCGGAGUGGCAAGAUGGCAACUAAGCCCCAGUCUCGCUGCUCCUCCACCCGCUCAGCAGGUGAGGCCCCUUCAGAAAGCCAGAGCCCCUCAGAAGGCCCCGAAGAGGCCAGCAGUGAGGUUCAGGACACGAGUGAAGUGCAUGUAACUGUUGAGCAGGAUGAACAGCAGACACUGGGCAAGAGAGGCAGCAAAAGCAAUAUAACGGUUUACAUGACCCUUAAUCAAAAGAAAUCUGACUCUUCCAGUGCAUCAGUUUGUAGUAGUGAUAGCACAGAUGAUUUGAAAUCCACCAACUCUGAGUGUAGCUCUACUGAAAGCUUUGAUUUUCCUCCAGGCAGCAUGCAUGCACCUUCCUCCUCCUCUUCCUCCUCCUCCUCCUCCUCCUCUUCGAAGGAAGAGAAAAAGCUCAGUAAUUCCUUGAAAACAGAAGUCUUUUCCAAAAACGUCUCUAAAUGUGUCACACCAGAUGGCAGGACCGUAUGUGUAGGGGACAUUGUUUGGGCCAAGAUUUAUGGCUUCCCUUGGUGGCCGGCCCGUAUCCUUACCAUAACCGUGAGCCGCAAGGAUAGCGGGCUGCUGGUGCGCCAGGAGGCUCGUAUCUCAUGGUUUGGCUCCACCACCACGUCUUUCCUUGCUCUUGCACAGCUCUCCCCCUUUUUAGAAAGCUUCCAGGUGCGCUUUAAUAAGAAGAGAAAGGGUCUGUACCGCAAGGCCGUCACUGAGGCAGCCAAGGCUGCCAAGCAGCUCACGCCCGAGGUGCGGGCCCUGCUGACGCAGUUUGAGACGUGAACGUGGAGAGUAAGCUCAGAGACACUAAUGACCCGCUGUUUUUAUGGAACCUCACUACACUGCCACGAAGAGCACCAGCUCAUCAGGACUGAGAGAAAUCUGAGACUGACUUGUCCUAUUUUUCCUCUGAAAUCUUCACCAAGUAGUAAACAUUUUUUUGAAGGGGACAGGGGGUAAAAGAUGUUAAAGUUCCCCCUCGCACCAUUAGGGCGCCUGUACCUAAUGUACAUUUUCCUUAAAAUUUCAAAAGAUGUUAGGAAAUAUUUUAUAAAACUUUUUUGCAAUAAAUGACGCAUGAAAUUACGAAAGACUCUAUGACACUUACAUGCAAGGAACCACUUGAAUUAUUAGGAUGAAGACUCACUGCAGAUAACUGGGGUUUUUGUAAUGUGACAGUCACGUUUGUAUGUUUUGAGAGGUGCCAGUGACGGAGCCAAUUUGCCUGGGAAGUUGACUGUAACUUUUUGAACUUUUCUUUUAAUUCUUGACUUUAGCAUUGCAAUUUUCCAUUCUCUGAGGCUUAGUUAGUAUUUAGUGCAGGUGUUAGCAGAGCUGUGAUCUGUGAUCAAAGCAUGUCCAAACCCAGUUGUAUUGUGAAAUAUGAACAGUCCUGCUAUUGAGACCAACAUUUCCCAUAGAGGUGAUGGAAAGGACAGUGACCACAAACUCCAUGGAUCUCUGUUUUAUGGGAAAGCUCCUUCUGUGUGAAUAUGGUUGCAUUUUAUUUAUGCUAUUGUAACACUUAGGGAAUUGAGGGUUGUGAAAUGAGCUUGAGAGGGGCUCCAAGGCAGAGAGCAGCGUUUUGCUUCUAAUCCUAUAACAGGAUGGGAAUCAUGAAUGGAGAGUGAUUCAAUGGGAUGGCAUUUCUAUUUCAAAUCAUGGGUUAUUUUUUUCCUUUUAAGUAUUUUUCAGAUAGGUAACUAGUAGAGAGCAAAGGUUUUAUUAGAGUUUCUGAUGGUUGUUGAUCUGAGUUGCGUUGACUUCUUUGAAAAGCUGUAAA